UGGCAUUUGGCAGAAUCUAUUAAAUGUGUGCACAUGCAUGUAAACCAUAGAUUGAUCAUACACGUUCCAGUUAGAUAUUAACUACGAACUGUAUCUUUGGCAUAGCACUAAAUGCACUUUCCUCAAUUAUUAUAACAUGAUUAUUUGAAGCACAAUUAGGCUUCAAAAACUAUACACUUGUUUACAUUUUCUGUAUACAUUGUUGUUAUUAUUUUAAUGAAGUUCUCAACCUAUUAUUUUUCGUUACCUUAUGUUUCCACUUCAAUAUGUUUGACAAUAUCAUUAGUUGUUUUAUGCAAAACAAAUGCUGCUUUGAAACUUCCACCAAAUACUUCUUUUCCAGCAGUGUUUGUGUUUGGAGAUUCAAUCAUGGAUACUGGAAAUAAUAACAACAUGACAACACCAUCUAGGUGCAAUUACCCUCCAUAUGGAAAAGAUUUUCAAGGAGGAAUCCCAACAGGAAGAUUUGGAAAUGGAAAAGUUCCAUCAGACUUUGUAGCUGAAGAAUUAGGCAUUAAAGAAUAUCUUCCAGCAUACUUGGAUCCAAAUCUCCAACCAAGUGAAUUGGCCACAGGUGUAAACUUUGCAUCCGGUGGGGCAGGAUAUGAUCCUUUGACAUCAAAAUUAGAGGCAGCUAUAUCUAUGUCUGGCCAGCUAGACUUAUUCAAAGAUUACAUUGUGAAGCUUAAAAGAGUGGUUGGUGAAGAUAAAGCAAAUUUCAUCUUAGCCAAUAGUCUUUUUCUUGUGGUAUUAGGAAGCAAUGAUAUUUCUAAUACUUAUUUCUUGUCUCAUUUGAGACAAGUGGAAUAUGAUUUCCCUACAUACUCUAACCUUUUAGUCAACUCAGCUAUCAAUUUCUACAAGGAUAUACAUGAACUAGGUGCAAGGAGGAUAGGAGUAUUCAAUGCACCACCAAUGGGGUGUGUACCUUUUCAGAGAACAAUGGCAGGAGGAAUAGAAAGAAAUUGCGUGCAACAAUACAACGAUGCAUCUACUUUAUUUAACAACAUGUUGUCAUUGGGGAUUCAUUCCUUUAAGGAGAGAUUUCCAAGUAGCAGCAUUGUUUACUUGGAUGUCUACACUCCUCUACUUGAUAUCAUUAUAAACCACCACAAAUAUGGCUAUAAAGUUGGAGACAGAGGAUGCUGUGGUACAGGGAAAAUAGAAGUUACAUAUUUAUGCACCCAAUUGGAACCCACAUGUCCCAAUGAUUUGGAUUAUGUGUUUUGGGACAGUUUUCAUCCUACUGAAUCCGUUUACAGAAAACUUGUGCCACCUAUCCUCCAGAAAUACAUGGACAAUUUAUGAUGAAUUGUAUUUCUUUUUCUUUAUAUAAUCAAAGUGGGUAUUAUUCCACAUAAGUUACAAGGAUAUUCCAAUUCAUAUAUAA